GGGCGGCGGCAUCUCCUUCUCGCCGCCCGCCGGGCCGUGACUCACGGCGGGGGACGUGGACGCGCUGUCCCGCCCCGCGGCCUGCGCCGGCCCGAGCGCCGCAGCGUUCCCUGCGACCCGGAGCCGGCGGCGCAGCGCCGCCCGCCCGCGUCCUGCUGCCGGCCGGGCCGGGCCCGGCGGCGCUGGAAGGUGCUGGAAGGAAGGGGGACGGCGGCGGCCCAUCCCGCUGAGGCACCCGUGGUCUGGCGGGGUGCGGGCCGGGCUGGCGGCCUCAGCCCAGAGGGGCCCGGCGGACGGGAUGGAAGGGGUCACUCUCGGCCUGGGUCCAGAGCCCAGCGCCGGCCGUAAUGCGCGGUGUCUGCCGGCGGGGACUGAGCGGUCGCGCUGUCGGAGAGUCCCUUUCCUAAGGGGGUCCGAGGCGUCUGGGGAGCGGAGUCAGUUUCUCGUGGCUGCUGUCGUGCGUCUGAAGUGCCCGGGUUUCUGUCUGCUGUCUCCGGACGUGCUGUCAGGAGAUGUUUACUUGCUUUGUGGUAACUUGUUAGCUUUCCACUAUGCUCAGCUUGAAGUUCUCUGUGUCAUUCACCUGUUGCAUCCUGUCAACCCAGGUCGCGAGUUUUCUAGGACAGAAACUUGUCUGUACGGCUGUUAGUUUGCAUGGUGCUGUUAAAAGGGACAGCUGGGCUCUUCCCUGCAAGGCUUUUUUUGAGGGAGUCUCCAACACUGAGUCACGUUUCUGACUAACAGUUUGGAUCACUGUGUGUCAGACAGUUUCUGGCUAUGACUGCAGGUUAUGUUUGUCUGUAGGGAAGAGUCCUCUCGGAUCUGCUUUGUGUUCCAAGCAUUUUUUUGAGAAAUGUGAUGAUGUAGAGGGAAGGAAGAAGAAUGAGCCAACAUGAGCUGGGAAUAAUCUUUGUUUCUCUGAAGCAGCUACAAGGUACUUCCUGACUUUCAGUAGUAGAGAGAAACUAAGGACUUUGAAGAUAGAUGCCUGUGGCCCCUUGCUAGGCAGAAACAAUGCUGCAGCGAUGAGAUUAUAGUGAGCCCUUCUUGUGUGGCUUCCAUGGGUCCCACUCAACUCAGCACACAGGAUCAUGGGAAGAGAGUGGCAAGUGUAUUGGAAAUGGAGGAGGAAGGGCUUGCACUCUUCCCUGGCUCAGAGAACCCCCCUGAGCAUGCAGAAAAUCCCCCCUUGAAGCGGAAGAAGGGCCCAGCCCCUAAGAUGCUGGGAAACGAAGUGUGCAGCGUGUGUGGGGACAAGGCUUCGGGCUUCCACUACAACGUGCUGAGCUGCGAAGGCUGCAAGGGCUUCUUUCGCCGCAGCGUCAUCAAGGGCGCACAGUAUGCCUGCAAGAACGGCGGCAAGUGCGAGAUGGACAUGUACAUGCGCCGCAAGUGCCAGGAGUGCCGGCUGCGCAAGUGCCAGGAGGCCGGCAUGCGGGAGCAGUAUGUUCUGUCUGAAGAACAGAUCCGACUGAAGAAACUGAAGAAGCAGGAAGACGACCAGGCUCGGACAGUUGUGGUGCGUCCAAACCCUCCAAAUCCACCAAGCCCUUCCCACAAACUGACGCCGGAACAGCUGAGUAUGAUAAAAAAGCUUGUGGCCGCUCAGCAGCAGUGCAACCAGCGCUCCUUCACAGACAGGCUCAAAGUGACGCCAUGGCCCCAGAUUCCUGAUCCAAAUAACCGCGAAGCAAGGCAGCAGCGUUUUGCUCACUUCACAGAACUUGCAAUUAUCUCUGUGCAAGAGAUCGUGGACUUUGCCAAGCAAUUACCUGGUUUCCUGGAACUCACCAGGGAAGAUCAGAUUGCUUUACUGAAGACAUCUACCAUAGAGGUGAUGUUGUUGGAGACAUCUCGGCGCUACAAUCCAGAGAUUGAGAGCAUCACCUUUCUUAAGGACCUGAGCUAUAAUCGGGAUGACUUCGCCAAAGCAGGUCUGCAGUUUGAGUUCAUUAACCCCAUCUUUGAGUUCUCAAAGGGAAUGAAUGAGCUACAGCUUAAUGAUGCUGAAUAUGCACUUUUAAUUGCCAUCAAUAUUUUCUCUGCAGACCGACCGAAUGUGCAGGACCAGUCCCUGGUGGAGAGGCUGCAGCACACCUAUGUGGAAGCACUUCAUUCUUACAUUUGCAUCAACAGACCAAAUGACCGUUUGAUGUUUCCACGGAUGUUAAUGAAGCUGGUCAGUCUUCGGACAUUGAGCAGUGUCCACUCUGAACAGGUGUUUGCCCUGCGGCUGCAGGAUAAGAAACUCCCGCCCCUGCUCUCAGAAAUCUGGGAUGUGCAUGAGUGACUGCAUGCUCCCAGGGCGCUGACAUGCUGACAUAAUGCCAUCUCCCAGCCUUUGCUAACGAGAAGCCAGCCUCCCCUCUCCAAAGCACUGAACCCUGGGCUGGACAUGCAGGGAGUGAUGAGCCUGGGGUUUCAGUGUUGUCAUGAGACUAUGCAGGAGGCAGCUGGGCUAGAUCAGAUGGAGGGGUUGGUUUCGAUGUAGUGCCCAUACCCCAAAGGAAUAACAUGAAACAUUCGAAAACGGUAGAAAUGAAGACCUUUCCCCUGCCCCUCAACUCCUUUUUCUUCAGAGUCUUUCUCUUCUCUUAAGCAUAUGCUGAGGGUUUGCCCCAUUGAUCCUCUUCUUGCUGAUUAUGAAAAUGAAUUUGCAGGAACUUGCCAAAAGCUCUCUGUUGAGAGUAACCCAGCUCAAAAGGCUUCUGCAGGGUCCCCAGUGUACCUGGAUCUGAGGAGCUCAGGGAAGUCAGUGUGGAUGUUCUAGGGGUUUCACUGGGUUUCCUAUAAAUAAAAUCUCUUGAAUGUGCUGCCCUUUACAAUGAUUCCAAGAGAAGUAGCUUUUAUUUCUUUAUUAUGAGACUACAUCUCUAAAGCUGCCCUUUACUCUGGCCCUCCUUUGGAAAAAGGAUUCCUGUAAUGUGUAGUGCCCUUUGUCUAACAAGGAGGUCCUCUGGGUAGGGAACAUUGUGUAUCAAAAAGAUGUCAGGCAUAAAGUAGUGGAUUUUUUUUAACGUAAUGCAUCACAGUUUUAUCUCAUGGCAGUUCUCAGCUCAAUUUACCUUUGAUUUGCUAACAGCUGGACAACUUUAGUUCAAAACAAAUCAGGGCAUAGAUUUUAUCUUUAGGGAUGAAAUAGAAGGAAGAUAAGUGGGUAGGCCUCGUACCUAGGUAAUGGGGGUGUGGUGGAAGAAUCUCAAAAACUUCCAAGAAUCUGGAGCAUGUGGUAUGUGUUCCAAGGUGGGUGUGAAGAUGUAUUGACCAAGGAGAGAGGACACACUGCAUUUAGUGAAAUAUGUGAGCACUGCAUAAGCUGUGGGCUGCACAACUCUCAGAUCACAGGCUGCAGGAAUAUUGGAUGUAAUCAGAUCCACUUGCAUCGUCUUCCUUUUGCCAAAGUCUUUCCAAGGUACUUGCUCAAGGUUUCAGUGGUGAUCAUGGGAUAUGGAGAUCCCUCCUGUAUGAGGAGUGCCAACUCCUUCAGAAGGACACUUGGGUCUUGUAUCCUUUCGUCACUUUGGGCAUUGUGAGAUCCACACUGGAUUUAUGGCCCAAGUUUUAAGUAUCCACAUCCAUAAGUAUUCUAGGAUUUACAGCAAUAUUUUGUCUGGCGGAAUAGAAAUAUACUGUUUUAAACAUGUUCCUUAUUUUCCAAGAAAAAAUCUUAUGGCUGAUCUCAGAGAUGUAACCUUAAAUAUCCUGGUAGCUUGGUCUCAUGACUCUUCUCUGUCAUAGGGGUCUAUGUUUGCUUGCCCGGUGAGCAUCCCAAGAGCAUAGGUUCACAUGGCUCGGGGUUUUUUUGUCUGUCUGUUUUUUGGUUCGUUUGUUGUUUUUUUUUUGGCUGUGUAUCUGAGCGCUAUGCCCGUGGUGAGGGUAUCGUGUCCAUUUUGCACUUGAGGUUGGUCCCCUGCCACUGGCCUUCACUCUGCACCUUUGUAAAGCACUUGUAACAAUCUGUAAAAUAAUCUGUUGUUUUUUAUAACUCAUUGCAAUUGCAAAAAUUCUUGUUUAAAUCUGUAUUUUUAACUAAUCUGUUUGAGAAAUGUUAAUGUUUAUAUAAAAGAAUAAAGCCUAAUACAGGAUUUUGACAUUC